CUGCCGGUGGAGAUGGCGGUGCGGUGGCUAGGGCCGGCGGGGCUGAGGCUGCUGCUUCGCGCGGCGGGCGCGGGGCCGGCCUCGGGCAGCGCCGCCGGGAGAAGCGUCCUUGGGGCCCCCUGGCGCCCAGGAGUGGCCUGGAGGCCAAGCAGGUGUGGCGGUUCUGCAGCAGAAGCAUCUGCCACAAAAGCGGAGGAUGACCCCCUUCUCCAGUGGCUCCUGCUGCUCGUCCCUGUGACUGCCUUUGGCCUGGGGACAUGGCAGGUCCAGCGUCGGAAGUGGAAGCUGAAGCUGAUUGCGGAGUUAGAGUCUCGAGUCAUGGCUGAGCCCAUCCCUCUGCCAGCAGACCCACUGGAGCUGAACACUCUGGAGUACAGGCCAGUGAGGGUCAGAGGGCGCUUUGACCACUCCAAAGAGCUGUACGUGAUGCCACGGACCAUGGUGGACCCAGCCCGGGAAGCCCAGGAGGCUGGCCGGAUCUCGUCCUCGGCCAAGAGUGGCGCCUACGUCAUCACCCCCCUUCACUGCUCUGACCUAGGAACCACCAUCCUGGUAAACAGAGGGUUCGUCCCCAGGAGGAAGGUGAACCCAGAGACCAGGCAGAAGGGCCAGAUAGAAGGGGAAGUAGACCUAGUCGGAAUGGUCAGGCUGACAGAAACCAGGAAACCGUUUGUGCCUGAGAACAAUCCAGAGAAGAACCAGUGGCAUUACCGGGACCUGGAAGCCAUGGCCAGGGCCACAGGCGCAGACCCCAUCUUCAUUGACGCCGACUUCCAGAGCACCGUCCCUGGAGGGCCCAUCGGAGGCCAGACGCGUGUCACCCUGAGGAACGAGCACCUGCAGUACAUCGUUACCUGGUACGGCCUGUGUGCAGCCACGUCGUACCUGUGGCUUAAGAAAUUCAUGCGCCGGCCUGCCCUCCUGAGAUAGCCGAGAGCCUGUCCAUGAAGUAAUCAGGAGUCACUGGAUGUACAGCGUUUCCAAGAGAUUUUUAUGUUGGAUCAUGUGGUAUAAAUAAAACUCCUGGGCUCACACACUGUACCUUUAUUUCUUUCUACCUAAAUGAGUUGGCAACCAGUUGACUUGAAAAUCCUGGCUUAGUUUGUUCCAAAGAAUGACUAAACUCGAUACAUAAAUUAUACUUUAGAGCAGAUAUGGACAGUUUGAAUACAUACUUGUCACAAC